AUGCUUCCAAACAACGAUGGAGACUCAACAACAACAACCACGGUGAUGGAAGAUUCUCAAGAAACCUCAUCUUCCAAUGCUAGUAGUAGUACUUUGAAUUCUACUGAAUCGUUAUUUUCCACUCUUCCAAUUUCACCUUCAUUGGUGGGAUGGACUGAACCUGCCACACUCCAAGAAAAGAGAUCACUCUAUGCGUGUGGUGAUGAUUAUGUUACAUUGGAUCAAUUAGAAUUAUAUCCAUCGUAUGCUGAAAAGAAUCAACUUCAACAACCAACCAUUGAAGGUAUUAAGAAAAUCUUUUCUUCCUAUCGAGUCAAAGAAUAUCCAAUUUUAUCUCAAUUCAAUGCUGAACAUGAUGCAAUCAAGAAGGGUUAUUAUGAAUACAAUGAAGAAAUUAAUAAGAAGAUUUCUUUUUUUAGAGGAGAUGUUUCUCAAUUAGAAAUUGAUGCUGUGGUCAAUGCUGCAAAUGAAUCCUUGUUAGGUGGAGGUGGUAUUGAUGGAGCUAUUCAUAGAGCUGCUGGUGGUAUUUUAAGAAAAUACAAUGCUCUUCUUCAUGGAUGUGAUACAGGUUGUACAAAGAUUUCACCAGGAUUUAAAUUACCAGCUAAAUAUAUUCUUCAUACAGUGGGUCCAGUUGGAGAGAAUCCUCAAAAAUUAAUUAGUGCCUAUACCACAUGUCUUGAAUUAGUUGAACAAUAUCAUAUUAAGAGUGUUGCAUUUUGUGGUAUUAGUACUGGAAUUUUUGGUUAUCCAUUGGACAAGGCAACAAUUAUUGCCAUGCAUACGGUACGACAAUGGAUGGAAAUUCAUCAUGAAAAAGUGGAUCGAAUUAUUUUCAUUACUUUUUUAAAGAAGGAAGUCGACAUGUACAACACUGUAGCUCCCUAUUUCUUCCCUUUCAAGCCAUUACAAUAA